CGAACAGCAAGAGGAGCCGGAGACCGCCCGAGCUGGCAGAAUACUUAGCGCUCACUGAGCCCCCUCCGCCCCACUUCUUCAUUGCCCCGAAGGGGAGAGUGAAACCAGGGUUCUCAGUCACCCAGAGAAUCAGGGUCUGGAGCGCUAGCGACCAGGGAAGCCUUCCCGUAAGAGGCGGACCCAGAGCUGAGCCUGCAUUCACUCGUCCGUUCUCUCAUUCAACAAGCAUUUAUUAAGUGCCUAAGACGUACAGUCGCUGCGCUAGUUUGUAGACUUUGGAAGACGAAAUUGACAUAGUCCCUCAAGGGACUGCAGGGGUUUGUUGUAUUGGGGAGGAUACAAUUAAACAACAAGUGUUUAUCAUCUCCUGUGGGCUAGACUCUGUGCUAAGGAUGCAAGGAAAGGCAAAACCUCCAUUCACAUGGGGAGAUACAUAGAGAAAAGAAAGGAAUUUCUCCGUUAUACUCAGAAAAGCGUCCAUGGCCAACAUCCUAACUCCCAUGAAUUAGUCAAGAGCCAGGCAUCCUUGUGCAAUCUGGAAAACACUUCAUGGAUUCAAGAGGAAGAAAUGGCUGGUUUGUCUCCUCAAAAGGACAGUCCCACGAUUGAGGACCUAGAAGAAAGUUUACAGAAGCUGAAGGUCCACGUGUGCCCACGCUUGGUCCCCAGCUCGAAUCAAGACUCUGACACUGACGAUGGCUCUGGUUCGGAGGCCACUGACCUGUGGAGAUUUACUCAGGCUCAGUGGCCUGAAGUCCAAUGUGGCCCAUCUCCCAUGAAGGAGGGGGAAGCCCUGGCGCAGGCGCCUGUGCCCUUAGCCAGACCGGUGGGAAACGACUCAAGCCUUAGGACCUUAGGCCUUCCAGUGAGGUCCCUGGCUCCCGGCAGGUAUAGAGCAGGCCUCCUGGGAAAUGAGGUGGCCCCCACUAGCUGCCUGCCAUCUGUGGCCUUGCUGAUGAAUGGACCCCCUGCACAGGCCUUCCCCCCGAAACUAGGGGCACCCCAUGUGAUCGGGGUGAAGUCCCUGCUGCCUCCUACGAUCCCAGUGAGGUCCUGCUCUCCCGGCAUACCUCGAGGCAGGUCCCUUUCUCUCACCCGCUCCCAUUCUUUCUCCCCCGCUUCCAAGAGGACUCGAUGGGUCAGGUCUCGGUCACAGUCCCCCAGGCCCAUCUGGAGACCCACCUCAGCCAAAGCCAAUGCUUGUGCACAGCCUCCCCCUCAGCUCAUCCGGCCCGGAGGGAGCAGAAAGAAAAUGACUCUGAACAGACCGUCUCGAUCUCGAACUUGUAAAACGGGGCACUGGGCCACCCGCCGGGCCUGCAUGACCCCUGAACCCAGGGAGGAAGAUGCCCUGGACUACUCCUGGAGCCCUUACUGCCUACCUGUGCCUGGAAUCUCCUCUCCCCUGGUUCAGGAGAUGAACAAAAGGUUCUUCAAGACCCUCACAGAAAGGAAUGUGCAUCAGCCCCUGGGGACCAUGGACCCCAUCCAGAAAACCUUGACACGACUCCGUUUGCAGCGCCUUCGGGCAGAGGAAGAGUGGGUACUAGAGCUGAAGAGGCAGCAAGAACUGGAACGGACCCGAGGUCCCAGGUCCAAGUGGUAUGAGAUGAAAAGCUCCCAGUUCCACUAUGAAGCCCACAAACAUAAUGAGUGGCUGAGGAACAGCCAGGACGCACCGCUCCUCUAUAACUACAGACAAGAACUGGCUUCCAGGGCCGAGGAGUUUGAGGAACGCUCCAAGCCUCCCCAUCUGGAUUCCUUUUUAACGCGGCAGGAUCAUUAGUAACGGGAUUGGAAGGCUAAUGAAGCUCCAGGCUGAAGCCUUAGCAUUCUCCGGGGUUCUCUGGUUUUGUGGAAUAGAGAGCAAGGAGGUCACUGUCUUCCAGUGUGAAGACCCCAAAUCCCAGAGGGGCCUACCUUCAAAAGAGGGACAGGAUGAGACCGCGCUGCGUUCUGAAUGGCCAAAGACUGGAAGGUGCCAUCUUGGAAGAGAGAAAUCCGAAGCCCGAAGGAGACGCAGACUUCUCUCUCUCGUCCCCAUUGCUAAAACCAAGCAGAGAAGGGCUGGCUUCUUCUGGAGAGAUGUUUAUCCAUUCAUUCUCUUGCUUAAAGGGUUUUUAUUAAAUACCUACCAUCGCCAAGCGAGAUACAAAGUUUAGCUAAGACAACUCUUGUUCUCAAUUCAAUCCAGUCAAACGAGUACCAAGUGGGGUUCUCUACAUGACAUGCAGGAAUCUUAUGGUCUUCAAAGGGAUAACAUACACAGAAUAAACCCGAACAUACAAUAUCACGAGAAGAGUGCCCCAGAGAGCUGCCGAGAGCAAUGUGGAUCCAAGGAAGAAGGUUGUUGCCAGCCAGGGCUCAGUGGGGGUGGAAGCUAGGGAUCGGGGAAGUCUUCCUGGACAAAGUAGUGAUGGAUUUGAUCUUUGAAGCGUGAAUAAAUAUUCAGCAAGCAAAGAGGGAGGACAAAGCCCGGGACAGGAGCUGCUAGUAUUGGUGUUGGCCACAUGACAGACAUGAUUAAAUAAAACGUUCUGUUUGAUAGUGUUUGAACGUCCCCAGCACUUCCCAGCUCUUCGGGGUUUAUAAAAGUGUAUGUACUGGGUUGAGUUAACUAACCGGGGAGGAGUCAGGAGCAAACGGACUGCCCUGGUACACGAUUUUCCCCUUAACAUUUAAGAUACCCGAAUUAUAUUUGUUACUUAAAUGUGUGGUUGGGUCACAAGCUAGGCUUUUGAGGUAAGGCCGGGUUUCUAGGUGACGGGAGGGACAAUCAUGUUAGGACCAAUUGGCAGAAUUCCAAAGAAAGUUCCUGUCUUUGAUUAGACAUCAUAAAAUAUACUAGAUUUUUAUCAAGGA